AUGACUGAACCGGUAGUCAUUUACCCGAGUGGAAAUCAUACAGCCACUUUCAUCUUUCUACAUGGAUUAGAUGACAUCGGUAAAACAUGGUUUGAUGACUUUAAUUACUUUAACCUGCCGAAAAGUCUUCCAUACAUGAAAUUUGUAUUUCCGACAGCACCAAUUAUGAAAAUUUCGAAAAAUAACGGUGAAGAAAUGACGAGUUGGUUUGACGUUCACGGCUUUGAUCAAAUUGCAAAAGAAGAUCAACAAAGUAUCGAAAGAGCAUCGCAGUUUUUGAAUAGUUUUGUCGAGGCAGAAACGAAACAUGGCAUUCCAGUAGAACGCAUUAUCAUUGGAGGUUUCUCGAUGGGCGGUGCAGUUGCUCUAUAUACAGUGUUAACAUCGUCUGAUGCAUUCGGAGGUGUCAUCAGUCUUUCGACAUGGUUACCUCUGCGAUCAACAUUUCCUAAAGCACUGAUAGCUGGUGAGAAGAAGAAGACUAUACCGAUACUUCAUUGUCAUGGCAACAAAGACUCGAUCAUACAUAUCGAUUGGGCUCGAUUAAGCGAAGAAUGUUUCAAAUCCAUGGGAUUUCAGAAAUAUACUUUCAAAGAGUAUGAUGGUAUGGAUCAUACUGAUUGUGAACAAGAAAUGAAAGAUAUAAUUGAUUUUAUUCAACAAUACUUCCAGAAAUAA